AAAGCGCAUCAUUUCUUUUCACUUCAUGGCAAGCACAGAAAAUUUUACCAUGAAACACGAGGAAUUAUAUGCAGGCCACACACGUGUACCUUACGAUAUGAAAAAUAGUCCGAUUAAACUUUUGAAGAAAUCAUCAGAUGAAGAGUUUCGUAUCAUUGAAGAAGCACUUCGGCAAAAGACUUCGCCCUCAGUUAAUUCAUUUAAGAUGGCGAAAGGAAAGGAGAUAGACAAAGCAAAUGAAACAAAGACGAUUGGCCAACGAAAUGAAGAUGUUUCAACUAAUAAAUUGUGUUUCACCGAGCAAUUGGUGAGCUCGUCAAAGUCUAUGCGAAUUAGCCUCUGCGAGUCCAAAGCGUUUAGGCAUAAUCGUACGCCUGAGAAAGAGGAGUCUUUGCAUCCUUUGGACUCAGUAAAUAGAUCACAAUGUGAUCCUCUAUCAAAUAACGACAAGGGAUGCCAUGAAAAGACUCCAUCGUGUCCAACAUCGGAAUCAACGAAAAGUCGCGAUGCAUCUCCAAAUUUAAACAAAACAAAAACACUGUUCUCUUCCACGUCCGGCCUCAAAAUAUUAUCAUUUUUAUCGACAAAAUCACGUAGCACAACCCAGAAACUAAUCACACCUAGUCAAUGUGCCGAAAUAUCAAAAUUACUCGAGAAGAAAGGAUGUACGAAGUCUGUGAAAAAACCCAAUGGCAAAAAUGUCUACGUAUCGACAAUGGCAAGAGAAUCGACAUCAGUUUGUGAAGAUAAUGCAUUGACAUCACAAAGCACUAGUAAAGGGACCCUAUCUACUUGUGAUCAUUCGUCAACUUCACCGGCAAAGGAAAAAUUUUGUGCGAAAGAUUUAGUCCCGUCGAACUCUAUUUGUACUGUGUCAUUUUCUUCACCAAGCCUACGGCGGUUACCCUCAGAUCACUGUAGCUUAAAAAUUACACCACCACCACCACAAGCGUGUAUGGUAAGCAGUAAAAUACCCACGUGUAGACUACCACACACGCCACCAUUGAAAGAAAACGAGUCACCACAGUCGCCGCAGAGCGAGCCCAUUAUGAGAACUUGGAUUCCUCCAAUGGAUGACCCGAUGAGUCAAACGUUUCUCAGAAUGCCAUUCACCUAUCAGAGUUUGCAAUUUCAACGCAACCACGACAAUCAACGUCACGUGAAGAGACCCAUGAACGCUUUCAUGGUGUGGGCAAAGAAAAACAGGGCGAAUAUCGCUAAAAGGUUUCCAAAUGCCAGCAACGCUGAGAUCAGUGUGCGGUUAGGUCAUAUAUGGAACCAGUUGCCCAGCAGCGAUCAAAAACCUUACUUUGAUGAAGCGAAUCAACUGAAAGAGAAGCAUCGCCAUGAAAAUCCUAACUGGGUUUAUCAACCAAGACAAGGCAGAAAAUGCAGGAAAGCGCUCUUCACGUCCGCCUCCACGUCAUCAACACAUCAGCCAAUGAUAUUGAAAAGAGGUGAACGACCGAUCUAUUCGCGAAGCACACCGAAUUCGCCGACAGUAAAGCGACCGCUAUGGACCGUGAAUGACGCAGAACUGUCCGAGGAGGAGCUGCAAACGAGGAUCGUCGAAGAUCUUUUGGAGGAAGAAAAAGAGGAGAACACAGGUAACCCAACUAUGGAUAAAUACAUCGAUGAAUGGCUGAGCCCAAAGAAAACGAAACGCGAUCACAGAAUUUGUUUAAUGAAUGACGCGAUGCUACCGUCAGCCAUUCAAGACGAUGACGAACAAAAUAUUCUAGAAGAAGAGAUGCAUUAUGAUGGCAAAGACUUUGAAAACUAUAUCAAAGAAUUGAAACACGGGCAGAAUGAUUUCACAAGGUUUGAUCAAAACAUGGGUAGUCUGUUCGAAGAAGAAGAUGACCUCUAACUUAUUUUUAAUUGUAGAAUUGUGAAAAUAAAGUGUGUCGUAGAUUAUUUAUCAGAUUUUAAAAAAUUACAAUGCAACUUUA